UCAUCUCCAAUAGAGAAGAGGAAGGAGGGAAGAGGGCGAUGUGGUAAAAGGCGCAGAAAGAAAGCAUCCGUCUGCAGAUUUGAGGGAAAAUCCAUAAAGUAAUAAGGGCAUAAUAAUAGGAGGAGGAUGGAGGAUCUUAGCGAAGAAGAAAGACGAGCUUUACGGGGCAGCAAAUUCGCGCCACUCCCAUCCCAACCCACUUCUUCCUCCAGAUCUCACCCCAGGUUGGCUCAUCCUGGUGGUCCAUUGAAGACAAACAAGGCGGCGGCUCUCGCCAAGUUUCUCGACAGGAAACUGCAUCAAGAUCCUAAUGGUUUGUCUUCUAUCAAUCCCCAGAUUUUGGAGCUCGCCGUUCGGAAUGCCAAGGCCUCUGUUCUCUCCAGUUCUGGCACAAAUAUUCGCCAUGUGGACACUUUCGACGACCCUGAGGCCUCUUUUGACGAUGGGGAAGCCAUGAAUUCUGAGCCUAAAAAACAGAAGAACAAGAACAAGAAGAACAAGAAGAACAAGAACAAGAAAACUAAGAAGAAUAAAAAGCAAAAAAAGAUUGUUGAGGAUUCCGGGUGUGGCGUUGGGAAAAGACCCAAAAAGAAGUUGAAAUUGUGAGCAGAAACACAACUAACACAACUGGAGAUAUUCAGAUUUCAAAAGGUUGGAUUGGGGAAUUACUUGAAAGGAGUUAAAAUGCUGUGUUUUGAAUCAAGAAGCUACUGAGCCCUACAGGGUUGCUGUUUCUGAUAUUUGUUAAGAGGAUUAUUUGAGUCUCAGAUUCACGAAUCUUAAACAUUUGAUUGACUUGAUUUCUCUAGCAAAAGAAUGCUUUUAGCUUUUA